AUGGCUAAACAACUCAUGAGCGACACCUUCCACCAGCUGCUCCGGAGAGCGGCGGAAUCCGAGACAGACCCCGACGAAGAUGCGCCGGAAGCCGGAACCAAGGAGUUCUUCAGCUCCUGGGCCCUUUUCAUCCUGAUCAUGCUCUUGAUGUUUGCUCUCUUCACGAGUUACAUUCUCCAACAAAAGAAGAUCCAGGCAGUUCACGAAACGGUCUUGUCCAUUUUUGCGGGUAUGUUCGUCGGGUUGAUUAUCCGAUUGAGCCCGGAAUCACCUAUCCAAGACAGCGUAACCUUCGACUAUCAGUUCUUCUUCAACCUCCUUCUUCCUCCGAUUAUCUUGGCUUCCGGAUAUGAGCUGCACCAGGCGAAUUUCUUUCGGAACAUUGGCACCAUUUUGACCUUUGCGUUCGCGGGCACCUUCAUUUCUGCGAUCGUGCUAGGACUGGUCUUGUAUGUCUGGACGAGGAUUCCGCUGGAUGGGCUGAACAUCACCUUUGUGGAGGCGAUCUCCGUGGGCGCAACGCUGUCAGCUACGGAUCCCGUCACUAUCCUAGCCAUCUUCAAUCUAUAUAAGGUCGAGCCGAAACUCUACACGGUGAUCUUUGGCGAGUCGAUCCUGAACGACGCCAUUGCAAUCGUCCUGUUCGAAACGGCACAGAAAUACGCGGACAGCGAAGCCGGAUCGCUAUCCUUCCUCAAUCUAUUCGAGGCCAUCGGUCUGUUCUUGCUGGUGUUCUUUGGUAGUAUGCUGGUAGGCAUGAUCGUAGGCAUCAUGACUGCGCUGGGCUUGAAAUACACGCACGUUCGUCGGCAGCCUAAGAUUGAGAGUUGUUUGAUUGUCCUCAUUGCAUAUGCCAGCUACUUCUUCUCCAAUGGCGUUUAUCUUUCCGGAAUUGUGUCGCUCCUGUUCUGCGGCAUUACGCUGAAGCAUUAUGCCUACUACAACAUGUCACGCCGAACACAGUUGACUACAAAGUAUCUGUUCCAGGUUAUGGCUCAGUUGUCGGAGAACUUCAUCUUCAUCUAUCUUGGACUUGACUUGCUCGUCCAACGGAAUCUACAGUUCAAGCCUCUCUUCAUUAUGGUUGCCGUUUUCGGUAUCUGUAUCGCCCGUUACCUCGCGGUGUUCCCACUUUCCAAAGCCAUUAACUGGUUUAUCCGAUACCGGGCUCGGCGCCGUGGGAUGGAUGUCGCGGACGAACUGCCUUUCGCCUACCAAGCAAUGCUCUUCUGGGCAGGAUUGCGAGGAGCGGUCGGCGUCGCGCUCGCUGCAGGCCUCACGGGUGUCAAUGCCCCGGCCCUGCGUGCGACGGUGCUCGUCGUUGUCGUGCUGACGGUCAUCAUCUUCGGAGGCACGACCGCUCGUAUGCUGGAGAUUCUCGGAAUUCGCACGGGCGUGGUCGAAGAGCUGGAAUCGGACGAUGAAUUCGACAUUGAGGUCACCAACGGAGGCACAUACUACAAGCGCUCUGACACCGCUCUCGGCUACACGCCUCGUCGGAUGGAUUCCACUAUUCCUCUAGACGGGAUGCCACGAGGAACCAUAGACCGGAACGAUAGCUACUCGAGUGGCAACAAUCGCCGCCCUAGCCCACCGGCGCCGUCCUCUUCUGGCAGGAGUCGUGGCCAUUCGCGGCUCUACUCGAACGCUUUCAGCCCCAAGGACACGCAGACGAGUCGGGACCGUUCCUCGACAGCCACUCUCCUUAACAACGGCGGCGCCCCGAGCCAUAGUGGCAGCAGCGCGGCUAGUGAGGAUGAGUUCGGUCUGAGAACCACCGGCAAGAGUCGAGUGUCGGAUGCCGACCAGGUCGAUGCCUUCGAUCUGGAUGUGGACGACGCUCCCUCGGAUGAUGACCUGCCUCCAUCUGCACACACAGCGUCUCGACUCCGCCGAUCUCCCUCUCAUCUCGGCGGUGCCUCCCAAGCACCCCCUUCAGCCAGCGUGUCUCCCUCCAGACGAGAAGCAUCAGGAAUGAGCGCCCGAGAUGCCAUCCGCGAUUUUUUCUCCGGCGGAGCAUCCGGAGACCAUGCCGCCUGGUUUCGGCAGCUGGAUGAAGAUUAUAUCAAGCCCCGACUUCUGCUGGACCAGUCAAAUCACAAGGGGCCCGGUGCCGUUUAG